UUGAAGGCGGCAAGAGCCCUGGUGGAGAGAUUUCAUAACAAACCAUGGCUGCCCCGAUGGCCAGGAUUUUCUCAAAGUCUUUCAGAUAUCUCACUCGUCCAUGGGGGGCAUGCCAGGCUGGAUGGAGGAGCACUUCCUCCAGAUCUUCCCCAGAUGUUGCUUCACACCAACCAACCGAGGUAUUCUCCUUCCCUCCGCUUCAGACAUACUCAGAGGAGGAGAGCAUGAUGAGGGAACAGGUAAGCUGGACCUCUUUGAAAAAAUAUGCACAAGAGCGCAUCGCCCCACUUGUGUCAAAAAUGGAUGAAAAUUCAUACAUGGAUGAGGACGUGAUCAAAUCACUCUUUGAACAGGGUCUCAUGGGUAUUGAGAUCGACCCAGAAUAUGGCGGAACUGGCUCCACGUUCUUCUCUUCUAUUCUGGUCAUCGAAGAGCUGGCGAAGGUGGAUCCCUCUGUGGCUGUACUGUGUGACAUCCAGAACACACUGAUCAACAUACUGUUCGUUAAACUUGUACCCCCGGCUCAGAAAGAGAAGUACCUCAGUCGACUGUCAACUGACAUGGUUGGAAGCUUCUGUCUCUCUGAAGCAGAAUCGGGAAGUGAUGCUUUUGCUCUGAAGACGCGUGCUGAAAAGCACAAGGACUAUUAUGUAAUCAAUGGAUCCAAGAUGUGGAUCAGUAAUGCAGACCAUGCUGGUGUUUUCCUGGUAAUGGCCAAUGUGGAUCCUUCUGCUGGAUACAAAGGCAUCACCUGUUUCAUUGUGGACAGAGACACUGAAGGGCUUGAGAUUUGCAAGAAGGAGAACAAGCUCGGACUGCGGGCCUCCUCCACCUGCCCGCUCAACUUUGACAAUGUCAAGGUGCCAGAGAAGAACAUUUUAGGAGAGGUUGGUCAUGGCUACAAGUAUGCCAUUGGGAUGUUGAACGAGGGUAGGAUUGGAAUAGCAGCACAGAUGCUUGGACUGGCACAGGGUUGCUUUGACCACACUGUUCCUUACACCAGACAGAGGGUGCAGUUCGGAAAGCGCAUCUUUGACUUCCAGGGCAUGCAGCACCAAAUUGCCCAUGUAGCAACGCAGAUUGAAGCUGCUCGGCUGUUGACGUACAACGCUGCUCGUCUGAAGGAAGCCGGGAGACCUUUCAUUAAAGAGGCCUGCAUGGCUAAAUACUUCAGCGCAGAGGUUGCAAGCCUUACUACAUCAAAAUGUAUCGAAUGGAUGGGUGGGGUAGGCUUCACCAAAGACUACCCCAUUGAAAAAUACUACAGAGACUGUAAAAUUGGUACUAUUUAUGAGGGCACGACAAAUAUCCAGCUGUCCACUAUGGCCAAGUUCAUUGAUAAGGAGUAUGAUGUUUGAAACUCUGAGCACAGCCUAAAUGAUUGUACUCUGCAGUGUUACACUCCACAUUUUUUCCCAGAUGACUAUAGCGGGAUUGAUCCGGUAGCACUAUGUUGCUGUAGAUUUGUCCUCUUGUAGUAGAUCAUAGUUACUGAUGUUGUGAUUACAUUUCUUCAGGUUUAGAGAUAAAAGCUGCUCUGAUGUAACAAUUUUUUAUUUUUUUUUUGUGUACAGUUUUCCAUCACUUGUUCAAAAGCUACAGACUAAGAAACUGUAUAUCAUUUUAAGACCUUAACCACUUUUGUCCCACAUUUCUUCUUAUUGAGAUAGGGUGAUUAUCCAUACGCUGGUAUAUGGAAGUGAAUUUUUGAAAGCUGUUGACUAGGCUUAUACUUCAGUGCCUUCAGAAGAUCUAUGAUUACUAAAAUCACUAACUUAAAACUGUGUUCUCUGCAGAACCAGUGCUCAACAUAUAGUGUACAAAAGUGAUUUGAUAUUGUAACAAGAAAUUAUCUGUAAAGAAUGAUCUGUCAAUACCAGUAAAUGUGAAGUAAGUUCCAUUGC